GGAUCAUGGGCAUUGUCACGGCGGUCGUCGGCUCGCUGUUUCCUUCCGAUUCUCACGAGCCACCUGCUGCUGCAUGACCUGCCCGAUGAUUCCACAACCACCAUGCUCGAGAAUCACACUCCAGCCGCAUCCUGCCAUCGACCGGGCCUUCUCGAUCCGCGCCCCCAUGCCUCAUGGUCUUUCCCAGGCCCUCUGGCGAUGCGCCGAUGUGCGCUGGGGGAUAAAAGGACACCGCUCCCGCCUGUCCUGGACCAUCACCACCACCGGCACACCAGCCUCCAUCGCAAGACCAGCCUCUCGCCUCUCUAUCUUUGGCCUCACUCCCAGUCUCCACCAUGCUCGUCAACCUCGGCUUUGCUCUCACCACCCUCCUCGCCCUCUCCGGAGCCAUCGAGGCUGCCACUGUCCCUCGGGGCGGCAAGUGGGACAAGUACCGCAAGUCGCUCGACAAGGUCAUCGGCUCUGCCGAGAACACGGCCAGCAUGUCCAAGGAUGCCAAGGCUCUGGUCCAGGCCCAUGCCACCCAGCGCAAGGACCCCGCCUUCAAGAAGCUCGUCAAGAAGGUCAAGACCCACACAAAGUCCAACAAGAAGAACAUGGCCAGCUUCACCAUGACCGAUGACAACAUCGAGUCGCUUGCCACCACGGUCUUUGGCAGCAACGCCUCUGAUAUCCACACCGCUGCCGUCCGAGCCGCCAUGCUCCCCGACUCGUGGGAUUCCCGCAACAAGAACUGGGUCUCGUCCAUCAAGGACCAGGGCCAGUGCGGCAGCUGCGUUGCCUUCUCCUCGGCUGCCACCGUCGAGAGCACCUUCCUCAGCCAGACCGGCAACAGCAUCGAGGUCUCGACCGCCGAUCUCUUCUUCUGUCUUGGCUCGGGUGACGGCGCCUCCUGCAGCACUGGCUGGCAGACCGGCCAGGCGGCCAACGACAUUGCCCAGAACGGCGUCGUUUCGGCCGACUGCUUCCCUUACACCGCCGGCGACGGUCAGGAUCAGCAGUGCGACGACAGCAGCUGCCAGCGCACCAGCGGGCUCUCGGUGGCCUCGUUCGGCAGCGUCGACGAGAUCAAACAGCACAUCAUGACCUACGGCGCCGUGGUGACUGCCUUCACUGUCUACCAAGACUUUAUGAACUGCUGCUCCAACAACCAGAUCUACACACAGCAGUCCGACCAGCAGGAGGGCGGCCACGCUGUCUCGAUCGUCGGCUGGGACGAGGGCAACCAGGCCUGGCUCUGCAAGAACUCCUGGACCACCACCUGGGGCACUGACGGCUUCUUCUGGAUCGCAUACGGCCAGUGCGGCAUUGGCUCGACCGACCAGACCUAUGGCUUCACCACCUCUGGCGGCAACUGAGAAACCUCAUCCAUCUGGCCGUCAGUCCAGUGGCUGCCCGAGGACUGCGCCCUUUGACGGACAAUGAUGCUUCGACGCCAUGACCACCAAGUUCUCGCCACCCCGACUCCCACUUCGAACCAACCUUCUAUGCCGUUGUCGCUAAUGUGUACUUGCUACUGAAUGCUGCUGUGCUCGUGUGUUGGGAUGCAUUGACUGCAUCUGCAAAUAUACGACUUGUAUGUUCCCCUUGA